AUGAGCUCAGCUUCCAAUAACCACGAGUCAACCAACAGAAUUGGCAGCACGCCAGCCCAGCGUCAUGUCAUCUCCGCGACUCAAGCACAAGGAGUAUUGAAUGCGGCUGCAAAGUGUGCUGAGACCGUCACUCCACAAUGCAUUGCCGUCUGCGAUCCCUCAGGCCUUCUGGUUGCGUUCUUGAGGAUGGACAAUGCUUAUCCCGGUAGCAUUGACUUGAGUAUCAAGAAGGCUCGUACCACAGUUCUGUUCAAUGGACUGCCCAGUGGUGUUGUCUACGACCUCGCACAGCCUGGAGCACCCUUCUACGGUAUCCAAGAGACAAAUGGUGGCUUGGUAGUCUUUGGUGGCAGUCUACCCCUCUACAAGGACAACUUCCUCCUGGGCUCAAUCGGCGUCAGUGGAGGAUCUCCGGAUCAAGAUCUUCAAGUUGCACAGGCAGGUGUCGACUGGUUGACGCAGUCUGAGUAG